AUGCAUCCUCACCUGCAUACAAAGGACAACACCGCUUGCGAGGACCUCAUGACGGCUCUCGAAGAGUGUCACGAACGUGGCUUCUUGUGGAAAUCAAUGGGAAUGUGCAACGGCGCAAAAGAUGCCCUCAGCGCAUGUCUCCGAGCAGAGAGGAGGAAGCGCCAGGACACCAACCGCAGCAAGACACAGGAGAAGAGGGAUGUCAUCCGGCAGAAGUGGAAGGACAUUGACGAGAACUCCUAA